CCCUCCCACUAUGUCACCAUUACCACACCGCACGACCAAACUGAUGCUGCCGAUAAGGCUGAAAAAACGGCACGCAUUAAGCAAUUGGUUGGACAGCUGCAGAAUAAUCUUUGCAAUGUUUCGGUUAUGAGUGAUCCCGAUUUGGAUUCUCUGUCGAAUAUGGAUCCGAAUUCAUUGGUGGAUAUAACGGGCAAAGAUUUUAUGGAACAGCUUAAGGAUUCAGGCAGACCAUUGUGUGCAAAGCGAACCGCUGAGGACAGAAUUAACCUGUUAAAGCUUUUAAAAGAUGGAGCCAUAUUCUGUUCGGAACGCUAUCCGGAGGAUGCCGAAGCCAUUGAUGCUGAAAUACGAAGGCAAUUGAAUGAUGAAAUACACAAUCACAAUAACAUGCAACAACAGCAACAACAGCAGCAGCACCAUCAGCAACAACAAACCAACAUUACGAAGACAAUCGAACAAGUGCAAACAAACACUGACAAACAACAGCAACAAUACCAGGAGCAAACAAUAACAAUUGUUGUUACCGAUACCAAUUUACAACAACAGAAUGACAACAUUACAACAACUGCAACAAAUACAGGAAACACAAAAACCCCAGACAUAUGACUACCGAUUUUUGCAAGUAUCACUUGAAAUUUACAAAAUAAUACACGUUUAUGUAAGGAAAAAGGUUAAAGAACAAAACAAAACAACAAAAAAAAAAUAUUUUUUUAAAAAAUGGUGAAGGGUUUGAGUUUGAAUUUUUGUGCUAAAAUGAUGAUACGUUUUCUUUUGAUUUUUAUAGCAAAUCUAACGAAUUAAUAUUAAUACAAAAAUUUGUGUAAGAUUUAAAGUAUAAAAAACAAAACAUUAAAUUUAAAUGUCUUUAGAAAAUAAUAUAAAAGAAUUUAGCACUUACAAUUUAAUAGUAUUAAAUUAACAGAAAAAAAACAACAACUAAACAUAAAAAAACACUUAAAUGUUUUACAAAAAAAUUGAAAUUAGUUAUAGAAUUUAAAACAUUUAUAAAAGAAACGCUUAAAUUUGACAACAAAUUAGUUUUUGAUCUUUUUGUACCCAAAACUUGAGUUAUGUAGAGAUUUUGAAGAGCAAGUGGGAGUUAUAGAUACAGUGUUUAAAAGGAGUUUGAAAUUUGGUCAAAAGUUGAGCGAAAGCAUAUGAAGUCAUUUUAUACAAGUCAGAAAACUGACUACAGUAUCACUGACUAUGGUCUCAGUAUAGUUCUAACUAUAGUCUUACUAUAGUCCAGAUUAUAGUCUUUCAAUAGUCAUGACUAUAGUCUUACUAUAGUCUAGACUUUAGUCAUACUAUAGUGCAAACUAUAAUCAUACUAUAGAACAGACUAUAGUCAUAUUAUAGUCCAGACUAAAGU